AUGCAGAGGUUGCGCUCGACCUUCAAGAGGUCGCGUACCCCAACGGGAGCCGAGAUGAAGUCUCAGUCGAGUCUGGAGGUGCCGAAGCAGGUGAGAUCGGCCUCUUUCGACGAGAUUCAAUUAGAAGUUAAACGCCAGGACGACGUCAGGGACUCCAGGUCAACCAGAACGACCUCCUCCUCGUCGUCCUCUUGUUCGCCGGCCAGAUCGCAGGAUUCCUCGCGUGGACGGCGAUCCGCGACCCUUAGAGUACCUUAUCUGCAAAGUACUCAACGAUCCAAGAGCUUCGACGUCUGCGAAAGAAGCUAUGGAUCGUCCUCCAGCCAACAGUCCCUCGGUAGCGUUCGUCGUCCCGAGACACCGACCAUUCAAGUAUCUGGAUGCUACCACUGUGCCUGCGUCGAAGAGUACAAGAGACUUUACUCGAGCAGGGAGGACGACGAUCCUUCGUCGAGGGAGGACGACUUGCCGGACCAAGCGGAUGACACCUCGGACGAUGAAGACUCCGAACUGGAGCACAAAAGCGAGGGCAGCCCGGAGAUACGUGUCACUCUGGCCACGUUCACGGAAAGGCUCGUCCUCGACGAACCACCCGUUCUACCGCCCCCAGUGCUACCGGAAAUCGUAUCGGACGUUGCAUCGCAAGAGGAUGCGGACACCAGCUGCGAGAUCAGGGGCGGUCUGUUUCCGGGCCGUGAACGGAGAAGGUCGAUCGCUUCCCCGAAAUUGGCCCGACAGGAGGCACUGACCUCGUAUCCCGUCGAGCUGCCCACGGUAGUCAGUUCGACCGAGGACGAGGAUAAGGCGGAUGACGACGACGACGACGACGAGGACGAUAACGUUGCGUCCAGCAAGUGCAAGUUCGUGGUCAGAGAUAUAUUUCUGACCGUUCCGGAGUUGAAACGGGACCGCGCCGCGUCAGUGUUCGUUCUGCCUACCGAGGCGCAGACGAGGUACACUGCUCUGCUGCCAGGCACCGAGGCUCGACCUACAAGAGGAGGGAGAGAGGAGGGCGGAACGAGUGCCGGUCACCGUGAACCACGAUCGACGCCCGAUUGGGGUCCCGGAGCAGUUAAUGGAGAACAUCUUUGGGUACCGACGUCCGCUUCCGGCGAUUUCUGUUACGUCAAUGACUGUUCCAAACACGGACCCCGGAUGAAAUGCGCCGCUUGCCGCGUGGUGGCUCACGCGUUGUGCGCGAACAGUCUGAAUUUCGCCUGUAAACCGAGCUUCCGUGACGUGGGGGUCCGUCAGUACCGGGAGCAGACGAACACGCAGCACCAUUGGGUCCAUCGUCGUUCUCAGAAAGGGAAGUGCACGAACUGCGGCAAGUCCUUCCAAUCGAAGCUGAGCUUCUCCUCGAAGGAGAUCGUCGCGGUGAGCUGCAGCUGGUGCAAGAUCGCCUAUCACAACAAAGAGGCGUGCUUCAACGUGCAGAAGAUCGGCGAGAACUGCGAGCUGGGCGUGCACUCGUCGAUCGUGGUGCCGCCAGCGUGGAUCGUGAAGCUGCCCCGAAAGGGUAGCUUCAAGAGCAGCCUGAGAAAAUCGCCCCGCAAGAAGAAGUCCGGCGAGAGUCGAAAGAAAUCGAAGGAGAAGGAGAAGGACAAGGAACAAGAGAAGGAACAGGAUAAACAGUGGGUGGUGAAACCGAUACCGACCGCGUCCGUGAAACCUGUGCUGGUGUUCAUCAAUCCGAAAUCAGGCGGGAAUCAGGGCGCUAAGCUGUUGCAGAAGUUCCAGUGGCUUCUGAACCCGAGACAGGUCUUCGAUCUGACUCAGGGUGGACCUAGGAUGGGGCUCGAAUUGUUCAAGAAAGUUCGUAAUCUCCGGGUGCUCGCGUGCGGCGGUGACGGUACUGUCGGCUGGGUGCUGUCGGUUCUGGACCAGAUCGGUUGCCCUUCGCCGCCGGCGGUCGGAGUGCUUCCUCUCGGUACCGGAAACGAUCUAGCGAGAGCGUUGGGAUGGGGCGGCGGCUACACGGACGAGCCGAUCGGGAAAAUCCUUACGAACAUCGGGGAGAGCGACACGAUACUUUUGGACAGAUGGCAGCUGGUAGUCGAGAGGAAUCCGGACGCUCAGGGCGACGACGACAACGGCAAGGGCAAAGAGAAUUUACCGCUGAACGUCGUCAAUAAUUACUUCUCCCUUGGCGUGGAUGCUCACAUCGCCCUCGAAUUUCACGAGGCCCGAGAGGCACAUCCGGAGAAGUUCAACUCACGGAUACGGAACAAGAUGUAUUACGGUCAGAUGGGCGGCAAGGAUCUCGUGCUGCGGAAAUGGAAGGAUCUCUCGGAGUACGUGACGCUCGACUGCGAUGGCCAGGAUCUCACGCCGAAAUUGAAAGAGCAUCGCGUGCACGCGAUAGUGUUCUUGAAUAUCGCCUCGUACGGGGGUGGUACGCAUCCAUGGGGCGCCGCGAGUGGUACCAAGGAGCCAUCCACCGAGGAUGGACUGAUCGAGGUGGUCGGCUUGACGACCUAUCAGCUUCCGCUUCUUCAAGCCGGCGGACACGGCACUUGCAUAGCACAGUGCAGCACCGCUAAGCUGGUUACCACAAAGACCAUUCCAAUGCAGGUCGACGGAGAAGCCUGUCGCCUGCUGCCAUCCAUCAUAACCAUGCAGUUGUUGAACAAAGCGACGAUGCUGGCGAAACGAAGGAACGCGGGCAGGCCCCAGCAGGAUGUGAAGCUGGAACGAUUGAAAUUGCCCGUGAUGAAAAUCAAAAUGCCUGACUAUGAGAGGUAUCAUCACGACAAGGACAUGCUGAAGAACUCGGCGACGAUGUGGAUAGCGGAUCCCCUAGAUCUGGACGCAACCGCGGACCUGGAAUCCCUUAGGAAGAUACUCGCGAAGGAUCAUAACAUGGACACUUGUUGCUUCCUCGACUCGUGUACCGCGGAGCGAUUCUUCAGGAUCGACCGAGCUCAAGAGCAGCUGCAUUACGUCACGGACGUGGCUGUCGAUGCGGUGUACGUGCUCGAGGAAAGUGCGACCAAUCAAUCAUCGGGUGAACCGGAGCCGGCGAAGGUCUCCGCGAACCAAGAGCCCGAGACAGCUCAUCCUUCGCCCAGCGAAGAACGACCAAAGACAAACGCAGCCAUGACAGAAGCGCCGGUCGUUGAAGAACAAAAGGCGCAGCCGGAGAUCGAAGCGCCACCGAAGCCGGUCGAAACGAAGCCGCAGCCCGAAGAAACCCAGAACGACCGCUCUGAAUCUCAGGGUUCGUUGAGCAAAACCGUUCCGAGCGAGCCGAAAAACGCGAGGAAAGAGGAGAGAGUAUCUGGCGACCCUAUCAGGCAAAGCAGUUCCUCGAAAUCGAUCUCUGCGACGGCUGUCGCUCAGUCGCAACACCAGGCAUCACUCACUUUCAUUAGUCCGCGAGAUAGGCUUUUCGGUCUAAGUUCAGAGGUUCACACGUUUAGCACGGGAUUACUGGAGAAAACCAGCGACGGUAUACUGAAAGCCGCGAAAAUCGGUGAUCUCAGGGCUUUGAAGGAGCUCCACGAUAAAGGUUACUCCCUACUGUCCAUCGACGCCACUGGGCAAACCGCUCUGCAUUUGUCCUCGAGACACGGUCACAAGGAUAUCGUCAGAUACCUGAUCGCUUGCGCGCCAUCGAGCAUUCUCAACAUGGUCGACAACGACAAAGGUCAGACUGCUCUGCACAAAGCGGCUCAAUAUAAGCGUCGUUCCAUUUGCUGCAUGUUAGUGGCGGGCGGUGCUACUUUAACCGUCAAGGAUCGACACGGCAACACGGCCCGUGAUCUUGCUCUGCAAGCAGAGGACCGUGAUCUCGCAGCAUAUUUAUACAGUCAAGAGCAGUUCCAGCUGACAACGGAAGAAAUGGAGAACGCCCUUUGACCUCCGGCCGUAAUUGGCAGGGCCUGAGCGAACCUCCCGGUUGAAUCCACUGGCUCCGAUGGAAUCCGAGCGAAGUCCUAGAUCCGACGCUCGUCGAUCAACCGCCCAGCCGUGGUAUCAUGCGAUCCCCCUCACAGGCGUAAGUUCUCGCAGGGAGAAGCGUGUGACAAAACAACAAUUUACAGUGGGGACACGGUUUUUGGUUUGUCCCGGUGCUCUCCAGAAUAUCCUGUUCUCGUCGAAGAGCCUCGAAAUCACUUUCCGUCGAGCGUCCAUUAACGACACACAUAAACACACAUAC